AUGGGAGGAGUACGAGCGGUGGCAGCCCUAGCUUUCGCUGGAGUUCUCGGAUUGACUUUACUUGUCCUCGGAUGUGCACUUCCUAUGUUUGGAAAUUGGUCCCCCAUGUUUGUCAUUGCUUUCUAUAUAUUCUGCCCAGUUCCGCUUAUGAUAGCAAGGCGUUUUCAAGAGGAUAUGACUGGAACGAAUGCAUGUGUUGAAUUGGCGUUGUUCAUCACUACGGCAAUCGUUGUGUCAGCGUUUGCCCUUCCUACUGUUCUUGCUCAUGCUGGCACGAUCAAGUUCAUGGCGAUGAUGUUGGUGAACACCGGAUCUGUUGUGAUGUUCCUCACGAUUAUGGCGUAUUUCUAUUUACAUCGCGACGAGGACUCAGGCAGCUGGAGUCAAUCAUUAUUCUAA